AAAAGUGCAAUAAAGUUAAAGAUUUAAAAAUAAGUUCAUAUUUCUCAGGAAUGUGUGAUGAUGUCAUUUUAAGAAAAAAGUAUCAAAAAAAUCCUCACACACAUCUCAAUCAUGUUUUCUAAAAUAAAGUGUUAAUAGAACAUUGAAAAACUCAAUUAAGAUCAAUAAAAUUGUUUAAUUUGAUUAAAAGUGAUGCUAAUAAAUAAACAAGAAAAUCAACAAAACAUAUUUGAAGUUAAUUUUUAAUUUGUAAACGACCUUCAACAUUUUCGGCUUGAACAUAGAAGAAAAAAAUUGAAAAUAAACAAAAAGCAAGGCAUUGAACGGAACCAUGAACAACGUCUAUUCUAAAGAUUCUAAAACCAGCCUCUUGGAAGCAUUCCAGAAAAGAGAUUUGGGAGAUUUUAUUUACAUCUUGGAGUUUUCAGAAGCUAAUGUCAAUGAAGAAGAAAGUUCAGGCAUAUCAUUAUUUCAGAAAAUAUUGAUGACCCCAAAUUCAGCUUCAUACAUCAAAAAUUCUAUCAAUAAUGGAGCUGAUUUGUACACAAAAACAGCAGACAAUCGUUACCCAUUACACUUUGCUGUCUUCUCUCUAUGCCCAGAGAAUUUGAAAGCAUUUUUGAAACGCUUCGAUCGGUCAAAAAUCAACGUCAAAUACAAUCAUAAGAAUUCACUUCAUAUUCUGAUUGAUUUAUUGACAAAUGACAAUUAUGAGAAUGUCUCUGAAUGCAUCAAAAUUUUAUUGAUGAAUGGAUGCAAUCCAAAUUUGCCAAACGAAAAAAAUCAAACGCCUUUCUUUCGACUUCUUAAGAAACAACCGAAAUUAUUCAAUCAAAAGGAACUUGUCGAGUUUUUCUUAGAUAAUUCUGAUAUUGAUCUUUACACUUAUCGACAAGAUGACAUGAUGAGUAUGUUUAAAACUCAAAACUCUCACAGAAAAAUCCCGGAACAAAAAAUUCAAAACGUUGAUCCAAAGUUCAUGAUGAGUUUGGUGAUUCAACAACGAGAGGCUGAGUUUGAGUCAUAUUUUAAGGCGUUUAAAGAAAGUUGCAGUAAUAAUGCACAAAACUACAGCGGUGAAUGUGCGAAAUUCUUGGAAAUGGCAGCAAUAAAAAAUGCACCAAAUAUUGUUGAACUUCUUCUUGAACAUGAGACGAUUGAUUUGAGUGUUCGAGCUGAAGGUGCGACAUGGAAGUUUCCACCAUCAUUUGUUGCGUGCAUGCAAGGCUAUUACAAGAUAGUUGAAAUGUUCUUAAAACAGCCGAGUUUAAAGUUUUGUUUCGAAAAACCGAAAGAAUUUCCACUCGAAAAAAACACAGCAACGACUUUAAUUCAUGAAGUUUGUUUAAGGUUUGGACGUGAAGCAACUAACGAUGCUGACGUGGAUUUUAAGAAAUGCUUCGAUUUACUAAUAAACGACGAUCGUUGUACGCCUGAAGUUAUUAACUCGCAAGAUUCGUAUGGCUGCACCCCACUUCAUUAUUCGACUCGUUAUAAGAAUGACGAAGCGACUUUAAUGUUGCUCAAGAAGUCAGCAUACAUUUGUACUCCAAAUAACCUUGGUCAGCGAGCAUUAAACGACAUCAAUAAGGAUACUUUCGAAAGAUUUUUAGACGAUUCUGUGGUUGCUUUAAAUCGUAGAAACAAGAAAACUCACAUGUACGUAUUUGGACAUGAUGAACAAGAGAUUAACAUCAACUACUCGUUUCUGAUUCCACCAAAGAGUCUGGAAAAUCGGGAAAUUUCUCCAUUGCAGUUGAUAACAAAGAACAAAGAUCUACGAUAUCUCAUUAAACAUCCAGUCUUGUUUAGCUUCCUUUACAUCAAAUGGAGUAAAUUGAGUUUGUUGUUUUACAUCAACUUUGUUAUGUUCUCGCUGUUCAUGUUGAGUCUCAUUGUCUACAUUGUUUUAUGUCAAUCAAUUGCACCUGACGAGCGAACUAAGAGUGCUGCUUACAUGUUCUUUUAUGGCCUUUCAGCUGUUUCUGUUUUUAUGUUGAUCAUUCGUGAGAUACUUCAAUGUGUUUUCUCAGUCAAACAUUACUUUAGAAGCAAAAUGAACUGGUUCGAGAUUAUCUUGAUUUUACUCUCAAUCUUGGUGCUGUUGAAUCUGUUUGAAGAAAAUUUUCAAAGAAUUCUCCGUGGGAUUACAAUUUUAUUUGCAGCAACAGAGUUUCUUACACUUGCCGGAACUUUACCUAAUUUAUCAGUGUCAACUCACAUGGUGAUUCUAAAAACUGUCAUUUUGACUUUCUUGAAAUCGAUCGCCCUUUAUUCGAUCUUACUUUUUGGAUUCGCAUUGUGUUUCUACACGAUUUUUGGAAAUGAAGGCAUCAAUCAAACGACAAACACGACCAAAGUUUUAGACCUCGAUGAAGAAAAAAAGCAGAAUAAUUUUUAUAAUCCAGGAAUUGCAAUCAUCAAAACGCUUGUCAUGCUUACUGGAGAACUUGAUUUUAGCGACUUGGAGUUACAUGAAGCGUCAAAUUAUAUAAUUUUUGUAUUGUUUGUCUUCUUAAUCACCAUUGUACUUUUCAAUCUUUUGAAUGCUUUGGCCGUUUCAGAUACUCAGGUGAUCAAGUCUGAAGGCCAACUGGUCGACUUAAUGCAACGCAUUUCCGUGUUAAAUCGAUAUGAACGAAUCAUCUCUAAUGGGAAUUCAUUAAUCGCUCGAUGGCUUCGUGGAACAAUCAACAUUUUUCAUUUUUGGAUACCAACAGGAAAGAUUGUCGUGUUUCCGGACAAAGACAAUGAAAUUAAAACAGCUCGCAAUUUACAGAAACUUUCUAAUGACGUUGGUGCAGAAGAAUUGCAGACUUUGAACAACAACGCGUCGAAUGCGGCUUCAUCACACUAUGAAAGAAUUGUUGUCAACAAUUGGCUGCCAAGUAGAUUCCACAGAUACGCAACAUUAGAUCCAAAAAUCAUGAAAGCGAUCAAACUUGUAAUGGAAAGCAAAGCAGUUCGCCAAAAGGAAGAAGAACAAGAAAUCUAUCGAAAGAAAACUGAUGAGAAGCUAUUACGAGAUGUCAUCAGUCUUAAGAUUCAAAACAACAAUUUACAUGACGAUAUUUCGAGUAUUAAGAAACAUUUGAAAAUAUAAAUUUGUUUAAUCACUUUUAAUUAAAAAACUUUUAAUAAAAUUAUUCACAAUAUUUCUUCGAAUUAAUUAACAACUAAAUUAGUUUAUAAAUCAUUUUCUCCAAUCUCUGAUUCCACCCAAGAUGUCAAAGUCGAGACAUCUUCAUAUAGAACCGGAGCUCGUGGUCGACAAGCUCUCGUUUUAAACACUUUAAAAGUUGAACUCAUAGCUUGCAAGAACCAUUGAUCACCAAUUUUGAUGUAUAAAGGCUUGUCAUACCGACAUGGAGUUUCAAUUCCAUUACCUCGAGCACAGAAGAACUUCGAAUCUUUUGUUUUCUGAAGCGUGUUGGCGUAGAACCUUUGACAUAUUUUAUUCUCCAACACCACCAUUGCAACUUGUUUUUUAAAACCGGAAAUAACUCCAGUGUGAUCAACUCCAAAGCCAACAGCAUAAACCGUCUUUCCUAAAAUAUCAUCUUGAUUCUUCACGCUACUCCAAAGACAUACUGGUGAAAUAUAUUUCGAAAACUGCACCGAUUCCUUUAGAAAAAUCAAAGCAACGUUGAAUGUUCUUGGCUUUGUUCCUGCUACUUUGGGAUGUAAAAUGACUUUCAAAGUGCUGUCAAUAACCAAUGCACCAGAUUCGUUCAUAGAAUUUUUAUAAUGUGAUGUUCCAAGAAUAAUUUUAAUGUUUUCACCAUCAUAAGGAAUAUAACUUUUGUCCGGGUUUAAAUCUAAUGAAUCACCUAAAUAAUUCUCAUAUGCGACAGAGUUCGCAGCACAAAGAAUGUGACGAUCAGAAAUCAGUGAACCAGAACCCGCAUACAACGUUGCUCCGAGAUAUUUUGAAAAUAUGUUUGCCACCCACGGAAAGGCUUCUCUCUGUGACUCGUAUCCGCCUUGACUGAUGCCAGCUGAUUUAGUCAUCACACCACAAGAAUGGGCAGGCUGCGAAACUUCAUCUUGAAGGCAAAACGCGCACUUUGCAAGACACAAGAAAAAUAAACACACAAGCAUUCUGCACAAAUUUAUGAAUGCGACU